CACAGUGCUCAGUAAUGUGUUGCAACCGGAGUGGCUGAUUUGGCUCUGAUCGGCUGGAUUUGGGCAUCAUGACUCAGGCACUGUUGGCUUUGCUACUUACACUGGCUAGAAUCCUGCCUGGCCCCCUGGAUGCCCAAGUGCUAACAGAGGCUGGUCCUUCAUAGAGGUACAUCAGUCUCCCCGAGUCGUGAUCGCCUCCGAGGGAGAGUCCAUCAACAUCACCUGCUCUACAAGAGGGGAUUUGGAAGGGCUCAUAAUGAAGCGGAUCUGGCCACAGGCUUCCAAUGUGAUUUACUUUGAAGACGAAUUGGAGCCCACAGUAGACAGUGCCUUCUCAGGCCGAAUUAAUUUCUCUGGGUCCCAGAAGAAUCUGACCAUCAUCAUGAGCCUUCUCCAGGAGGCAGACACUGGAGCCUACACCUGCGAGGCCGUCAGAAAAGUCAGUGUCCAUGGCUUGUUCACCACGGUUGUGGUGAAAGAAAAACUAUCCCAUGAAGCGUACAGAUCCCAGGAACCUCUGCAGACAUCAGUUUCCCUCCCAGCUGCCAUUGCUGUAAGCUUCUUCCUCACUGGGCUGAUCCUUGGGGUGCUGUGCAGCAUGCUGAGGAAGACGCAGAUCAAGAAACUGUGUGCCUCAGGGAAUAAGGACUCUCUGUGCGUCGUGUAUGAAGACAUGUCCUGCAGCAACCGCAAGAUACCAUGUACCCCCAACCAGUACCAAUGAGUCCCUCUGCCCGCAGCCCCCGUGCCUUGUUUCAGCAAAGUUCACAGCAGUCCUGCUGACCCACCCAGCCUAACUCCCCCAGCACCUUUCCUGUGGCACUCAAAUACCCCCUUACUGUUUCUGGCUGGGUGAGAUUCCUCCUCUGUAAGCUUCCCUACAGGGCUCUGCAAUCUGUCACCUACCCUAGCCAGGUACCCCUGACAUCAAGGACAAAGCUGGAAGGGGAAAAGUGAUGCCUGCCUUGGCACAGCCUGGCCAGGAAAAAUUAAAUAAACAAAUACAUAAAUAAA